GAGGCCGCAGCCAUGGCGCCUACAGAGCUGUCAAAGCAGGUGUCCCUUAUGGAGGUGCUCAAGAAGGAGGUGAGGGCGAUGCUGAUAGCUGCCAAAGCAGGCUUGACACCAGAGCAGCUGGAGGAGCAGUACAUGGCCAUGGUCUGCAAACCUCUCCCUCUACGUGACCUGGGCUUCCAGUCCACCUUGGAGCUGGUGACGCAAAUGCCUGAAGUUGUCCGAAUCUGUUCUUCUAAGAAUGGCACUUUAAUCCUCAAAGCCAUUGCAGAUGACUCCACUAAAGGGAUUGCCAGGCUGGUUGCCAACCAGAAAAUGAAGACGCGUAAGGCAUCAAAGAAAACUGCCAUGAAGGCAAAUGCUACUUUUCCCACUAAGAAUUCUAAGAAUCCACAGAGUUUCCAAACUCUGAGUGCCAGGACUCCCAUCCUGCCAGCAGCAGUGAAGGCUGAGCUGCAGGACCUGCUGAGCUCCUCACCUCUUCUGCUCACGGACUUGGACAAGGCUUUCCUCAGCCGCUUUGGCCGGGCGUUGCAGUACAGGCAGUACGGAUUUUUGUCCAUGUUUGAAGUCCUCAGGAGCAUGUCUGAUUCCAUUGUCAUCGAGCAGACAAAGGCAGGUUCCUUGGUCGUCCUGAGGAAGUACUUGGCAAGCCAGAUAGAACAGAAAGAGGUGCAUCAAGGUGAAGCUGAGGAAGAUGAGGAAGAUGAGGUGCCUCAGGGCGAAGCUGAAGAAGAUGAGGUGCCUCAGGGUGAAGCUGAGGAGGAUGAGCCAAAACCAGCGACGGGGCCUCUUGAGAGAAGCUGUGGAGCCAUUGCAGAUGACUCCACUAAAGGGAUUGCCAGGCUGGUUGCCAACCAGAAAAUGAAGACGCGUAAGGCAUCAAAGAAAACUGCCAUGAAGGCAAAUGCUACUUUUCCCACUAAGAAUUCUAAGAAUCCACAGAGUUUCCAAACUCUGAGUGCCAGGACUCCCAUCCUGCCAGCAGCAGUGAAGGCUGAGCUGCAGGACCUGCUGAGCUCCUCACCUCUUCUGCUCACGGACUUGGACAAGGCUUUCCUCAGCCGCUUUGGCCGGGCGUUGCAGUACAGGCAGUACGGAUUUUUGUCCAUGUUUGAAGUCCUCAGGAGCAUGUCUGAUUCCAUUGUCAUCGAGCAGACAAAGGCAGGUUCCUUGGUCGUCCUGAGGAAGUACUUGGCAAGCCAGAUAGAACAGAAAGAGGUGCAUCAAGGUGAAGCUGAGGAAGAUGAGGAAGAUGAGGUGCCUCAGGGCGAAGCUGAAGAAGAUGAGGUGCCUCAGGGUGAAGCUGAGGAGGAUGAGGUGCCUCAGGGUGAAGCUGAGGAGGAUGAGGUGCCUCAGGGUGAAGCUGAGGAGGAUGAGGUGCCUCAGGGUGAAGCUGAGGAGGAUGAGGUGCCUCAGGGUGAAGCUGAGGAGGAUGAGGUGCCUCAGGGUGAAGCUGAGGAGGAUGAGGUGCCUCAGGGUGAAGCUGAGGAGGAUGAGGUGCCUCAGGGUGAAGCUGAGGAGGAUGAGGUGCCUCAGGGUGAAGCUGAGGAGGAUGAGGUGCCUCAGGGUGAAGCUGAGGAGGAUGAGGUGCCUCAGGGUGAAGCUGAGGAGGAUGAGGUGCCUCGGGGUGAAGCUGGGGAGGAAGAGAAGCCUCAGGGUGAAGCUGAGCAGGAAGAGAUGGCUCAGGGUGAAGCUGAGGAAGAAGAGAUGCCUCAAGCCGCAUGUGCAGCUGAGGUGCCUCCUUUGGGACCUGCCUGUGAGAUACAGAGCAUCCACCAGGCAGCACUUCUGGUGGAUUCAGAGCCAGUAGAUUUGGGUGAUCACCUCGAACAACAUCAAGGUUCUGAGCAGCUUCCACCGACUCCAGAAAUCCCUCUAGAUGCUGUUCAGGACAGAAGCCUUUGCAGUUUGCCACCUCUGAAGAGAAGAUGCUUGGUGGGAGUCAUUGUGGAAUUCAUUGUCUCUCCUAGCCAGUUCUAUAUUCAUAUCUGCAGCAAAGAAACAUCGUAUAAACUGCAGGAUCUCAUGCUUGAAAUGAGGCAUGUUUACUCUCAUAAGGUUGCUGCAGAUAAAUACAUCAUGCCAGAGUCUGCAGUGCGGCCUGGGCAGCUCUGCUGUGUCAUGGUCUGCAACUGGUGGUACCGUGUGAUCAUCCACCGUGUGAUCAAUGACCAGGAGGUAGAGGUGUUCUAUGCAGACUAUGGACACCUCCAGAUUGUCCAGAAGUCUUGGCUGAGAUUCCUCAAGUGGCACUACUUGAAUCUCCCUGCUCAGGCCAUCCCGUGUUCCUUGGCAUGGGUAAAACCUGUGGAGGGCAGGUGGUCCAGUGCUGCAGUUCUCCUCUUCAAGCAUCUCUGUCGCUUCAAGGAACUUGUGGGGGUUGUGGAUGAAUAUGUGGAUGGUGUUCUGUACCUCUUCCUGUGUGACACCUCCACCAAGGACGAUGUCUACUUCCACUCUGUCUUGAGGGAUAUGGGAUAUGCUGAUGUCUGUGGGGAGAACAUACCUUCCCAGGAAUUUGGGGAACUGAAUCCUUCAGCUUUGUAUGUUCAGCCCAGUGGAAAGCAGGGGAACGCUGGAGUGGUGGAGCCAGACCUUUGCUUGCAGCAGGAAUCACAAGAUGAAGACAGUGAAACAGCAACCUUGAAGCUGGGUAGGGCUGAGCUGUGACCAGAUGAAGAAAACAUGAAGUCCAAGACCUUCCUGGGAGUCUCAUGGUGCCUCUGUGGUGCUCUGGACUCUGUGACCAAGGGUCACCUCAGGACCUGUGUCCCUCCUGCCCUGCUCUCUGCAGUGGUGGCAGCUGCAUGAUUAGCCACUUCCCAUCCUACUUCCAGUGGCUGCCCAGCCUGAGAAAGAAGGUGUGAUAAGAGUGGAGAAGCUGGAGCUGCUGCCAAGGAAGGCUGUCUGUAUGACCAUGGUGUCGGGGUUUUUUUUGUUCAGAAAUGUUUAAUCCCUUGAAAAAACCUGGAGUGUGAUGUCUCAGGUGUGCCCAGCAUGUGUGAUGUUAGUUUUACUUUCAGGAAAAUAGUUUGGUUUUGUUGUACCAGUGGUGUACUGAGUUACUUCUCUUUAAUAUAAUGGUUUAGGAGAGCAUCCAAGUGUCACUUUGUGUUAUGUAUCCUUUAAGUUUAGGAGAGGGAAACUGGCUGCCCAUCCCUCCCUCCUUUCAGUUCAUGAGCUUUUUUGACAUUGUGUGGGGAUGUGGUUUUGGUUUUUAACACAGUGUCUGCUCUACACACUCCUUGCUGCCAAAGAAAUCUCCUUCCCCAAGAAGAAGAUGAUGUGAUUUGUUGGACGUUGUGUGUACAAAGUGUCAGGAAUCUCAUCUUAAAGAUAUGGAAUAAAAUCUAUGAGGAAUCCAGUG